AUGGCAGAUGAAGACAAGUCGUCUGAGCAUUCACAACCUUCUGUGCAACCGCCUGCAGAGAGUCCACCCGAGCUUCCCCCAAGCCAGGCGGAGACGGCGUCACCAGCUCCUACAGAACGAGCAGAACUCCUGCAACGAGCACGCGCUUUCCUGGUCUCCCCUCAGGUCAAGCAUGAGGACUCUGCGGCCAAGCGGAGGUUCCUGGCGGACAAGGGUCUGACGGAUGCUGAGAUCGAGAGCUUGCUAUACGAGGUGCCGCCACCCGCUCCGCCCCUUCCACCCCGCACAUAUCCCCAACCACCGCCUUCAAAGGUCCCUUAUCUUCUCUUGGAUGUACUCCGCGCAUUUACAUGGAUAGCCGGAGGCUCUGCAGCGCUACUGCUCGCAUACUUCCGUUUCCUCUACCCCAAGAUCGCACAGAUGUACCAAGCCCGUAUCUCGCUCCGCUCACAUCGCAGCGCACUUCUCGAGCGUCUGACGCGGUCACUCGGGGAUCUGAAGGAGGCGCAGCAAUCGACAUUCGCCAUCCUGCCCCAGCCCGAACUUUUCCGUGAACCAACGAAAUACGCGGAGUGCCACGGACUGGACGAACUCAUAAGCGCAGCCGGGGACGUGCAAGACGUGCCUCCCAUAACCCUCCUACGGUGUGCCAUCGAGGACUGCUCGAAGGGUGAGCGAAAAGCGACGUCGCCGGAGUUAUUCCGUGUACUCGAGGCCAAGUUCCCUUGGAUCGCAGAGGAGGGCGCGCAGCACGAGGAGAGCCUCUGGCGAACACUCACUACAACACCCGUGUUCCGAGCCGUCGACCCCGCUGUACCUCCGACAAGCCCGUCCUCAUCCUCAAGCCCUUCUCCCUCGCCUGUACCCUCCCCCGAGACAAUCUGGACAUACGCAUCACCCACACCACCACCUCCGCCUCCCCUCCUCGCCUCCCUCGCCUCCCUCAAAUCCGCGCUACCUCCGCCCGCGUCCUCGCAACCGAAGUUCCAGCACACUUUCCAGGCCCUCUCCGACCUCACAGGCUACAUCACGACCCAAACGUACGCCCUCCCCACGUCCUUCCGCGCGCCCGGCCUCGGGCUGGGCACCUCUCUCUCCCCGGAAGAGGAGGAGGUGCGCCGCGAGAUCCGCGCGCUCAAGGGCCUCGUCCUCAAUCGGCGGUCCUUCAUGCCGCGCCUCCCAAGGCCGGGGUCCGCGGGCCUCCCAGACGCGAGCGGAGUUGCUUAGAUGCCAGUGUCGUUGUUGCCGCGCAAUGGUGUCCGAGGCGCGGUCGACGGACGGAGGACGGCAUCUAUGCAUUCUGCCCACGUCAAGUGGUAGGCUUGACGACGCGUCCGGACUGCGCUCGGCGUUGGCUGAACGUGAGCGUUGUCUACGUACGUGUACAAUGCUUCUAG